GCCACUGACUCGAGGCGCGCCUCUGCAAUAUGGCUGUAAGCCUUGGCAAGGCGUGCUCGGUCCGAGCCAGAUCCCAAGCCUUGGUUGGGCCCGUGCUCCGUGCGUUGGUCGUCUCACGCCGCUACACCUGGCUUUUCACUUCUUCUGAAACAUGUCGAAGCGUCGCACCAAGCGCAAGUCGUCGUUCGGCAUCGCGAGCGAGGAUACUCUUACUUCGGACACCAUUGCCGAGUACAAGGAGCUCUUCGAGUACAUUGAUGGCGAGGGCAAGGGCUACAUCACCAAAUCGGACUUGUCGAACCAGCUCAUGUCGAACGGGAUCCGCAAGACGGCCAAGGAGAUCGACGACCUGUGGAAGUCUGCCGGCGGUGGCUCGCAGUGCGACUUCAACUCGUUUGUCAUGAUGAUCGACGCCAAGAACUCGACACUGGUGCCGAGCGCAACGCUCAAGGAGGCUAUCGACACCAUCGACCGCAACGAGCUCGGUUUCGGUGCCGAUCCCUCUGGCCGCAUCCUUGCCGACCGCCUCGAGGAAAUGCUCCUCGAGCUCGGCGACAAGCUGUCGGGCGAGGAGGUGGAUGCCUUCAUGUCGUCGCUCAAGAUCGAUGGCCGCGGCUACACCGAGACCGAAGCCAUGCUCAACCUCCUUCUCAACAACUAGCUGACCCGCGUCUGGCUCGUAAAGUACCCAUCACCUUGCGCCUACCUCAGCGGGCGGUGUGCUCGCUUCACCGUAGGCGGUAUAAAGUCCGAGUCGUCUGA